AUGGAUGAUGUUGACGUCAUGCCGGUCCUUUUACUCCACCUUCAUUCCUCUCUAAUUAAAGAAAAAAAAAAUAAGAAGAAGAAAGGGAGAAAAAAAAGGAUCGGCUGAGCUUCUCCUUCGCUUUUCUUACUCUUUCUUUCAAUUCAUACUACGGUCAACGAAUCCGUCUCUUCUUUGGGAUUUUCCCUUCUUGGGUUCCCUUUUUUUGAAUUUUCCUUUACUGUGUUUCUGUUUUGUUUUGGGUUUUUGGUUUCGUUUCUUUGCUUUUCUGGGCUUUCUUUUAUUUGAUGGGUUGUUGUUUUUGUGGCCUUCUUUCAACCAUUCGGCCUUGAUUUUUGUGGGUUCCUUGGAGUCUUUGGAUUCCCACAGGGAUUGGGUCUUUUGAGUUUUCUUCGAUUAUUGGGUCUUUUCUAUGUACUGGUUGGGAUUUGGGGAUUCUUGAGUUCCUGGCUUUUUGGGUUUGUAUUGAAUUUGAUUGUGUGGAAUUUUAAUUUUGGCAGCGUUGGGAGUUUGUGAUUGGUGAUUUGGAAAAUUGAGCUUGGGUCUCUUUGGUUCGCUUCUAGUUCUUUGAUUUUGGAUUUUGGGUGGCGAUUGGUUUGGAAUCCGAUCCAGUGAGAAUUCGUUUUUUACGUUUUGUUUGAUUUUUUUUUUCGGUCGUUUGGGUCCCUUUCGAUCGGAAUUGGGAUUGGUUUUGAUUGGGUUUCAUUGGGUCUUCUUAUUGUGUUGAGAACUUGUUUCUUGUCUGGAUUGUCAUCUUAAGGGAAGGAUUUGUUAUUAAUACUAUUGUUAUUUUUAAGUUUCGGAUUUUGGGUGGCGAUUGGUUUGGAAUCUGAUCCAGUGGGAAUUUGAUAUUUCCAUUUUGUUUGAUUUUUGGAUGGUUUGGGUCCUUAUCAAACAGAAUUGGGAUUGGUUUUGAUUGGGUUUCGUUGGCUCUUCUUAUUGUGUCGAGAACUUGUUUCUUAUCUGGAUUACUAGCUUUUUCUUUAAAUUUCCUGUUUUGCUUUUUUCCGCUGUAAUUGGUUGGAUUCGGUUUUUUUUUUAAAAUUGUUUUUCUAUCUAUUUGCGAAUUUGAUGAUGAAGAUGAGAACAUGCGUUUUAAGGAAUUGCUGAUUUUUUUUCUGUUUGGGAAAACUUCAAUUGUGUUGGAAUAGUCGCUUUUCUUUUUCCUUUUUCCUUGUUGGUAUUUUGGGCGCUCAAAUCUUUGGGUACGAUUUGGGAAUAUGGAUUCAAGGAUGGGCGACGAAGAUGAGAAUGUUGGAAUAGCCACAAAAUCUGAUGUUAGGGUGGGCGGUCCGGGUGAGAAGGUGAAGGGUGCCGCAAGCAUUAGUAGUAAGGAUGUGUUCUUCAGGGCAGAUAAGAUCGAUUUGAAGAGUUUGGAUGUGAAGCUAGAGAAACACCUCAGUAGGGUGUGGUCAAGGGAUAGAGAAGCCCCGAGGCCGAAGGAAGAAUGGGAAAUCGAUCUGUCUAAGUUGGAUAUAAAAUAUGUUAUAGCUCAUGGGACGUACGGUACUGUGUACAAAGGCAUUUAUGACGGCCAGGAUGUUGCAGUGAAGGUGUUGGAUUGGGGAGAGGAUGGUAUGGCCACAAAUGCUGAAACCGCUGCUCUUCGGGCAUCAUUUCGGCAGGAAGUCGCCGUUUGGCAUAAGCUCGACCAUCCAAAUGUUACAAAGUUUGUCGGAGCGUCGAUGGGAACUUCUGAACUCAAGAUUCCAACUCAAAAUCCUUCAAAUAGUGCCAACCGUAGUUUCCUUCCAGCAAGAGCAUGUUGUGUUGUCGUAGAGUAUCUUGCUGGCGGGACAUUGAAACAGUAUUUGAUAAAAAAUAGAAGAAAGAAGCUCGCCUUUAAGAUUGUGAUUCAGCUCGCCUUGGACCUCUCGAGGGGAUUGAGCUAUCUCCAUUCGAGGAAGAUUGUACACCGUGAUGUUAAAAGUGAAAAUAUGCUGCUAGAUUCUCAGCGGAAUCUCAAGAUUGCUGAUUUUGGUGUUGCUCGUGUCGAAGCUCAGAAUCCCAAGGACAUGACUGGUGAAACUGGUACCCUUGGAUACAUGGCCCCAGAGGUUCUCGAUGGUAAACCUUACAACAGAAGGUGCGAUGUGUACAGCUUUGGCAUAUGCUUAUGGGAGAUCUACUGCUGUGACAUGCCAUACCCUGAUCUCAGUUUCGCAGAGGUCUCAUCAGCCGUUGUGCGACAGAAUUUGCGACCUGAAAUCCCUCGUUGCUGCCCAAACUCAUUUGCGAACAUCAUGCGCAAGUGCUGGGAUGCAAAUGCGGAGAAGCGACCUGAAAUGGCAGAGGUGGUGACUCUUUUAGAGGCUAUUGACACGAGCAAGGGAGGCGGCAUGAUCCCUGACGAUCAGGUGAAUGGAUGUUUCUGCUUCAGUGCAGCUCGGGGUCCUUGAUCCUCUCUCUCUCUCUCUCUCUCUCUCUCUCUCUCUGGCCUGUGUUCUUUCUGCCUUUUCGUCUUCUUUUUUUUUCUUUCUUUCUUUCUUUCAUAUAUACACGUCGAAGGAAGGCAGUUUCGUGUAUGUUGUCACCCGGAAUGCUAGUGCUUUGGGGUUGUUCUUAACUUCUAAACUGCUUGUAAUGCCUGUAUCAUAAGUCCUGCUGGAUCAGUAGUGGGUGUCGACCCAUGGCAGGUCGAUCAGGCCAUCCAUCUAAAUCGGGUCCCAUCUGUUGAUGGGCCACUGGUUGAAAAUCA